AUGGCGUCGGCGACGGGGGACGACGCGACACGCAAGGGCGGCACCGGCGGUGCACCUGCCUGCGGGGGCACGGCGCCGCCUCCUCCUACCACGCAGACGCAGACGCAGCAGCAGCCGCCGCCCCCGCCGCCCGAGCAGGGGCUGCGGUGCCCGCGCUGCGACUCCCCCAACACCAAGUUCUGCUACUACAACAACUACAGCUUGUCGCAGCCGCGCCACCUCUGCAAGACGUGCCGCAGGUAUUGGACCAAGGGCGGCGCGCUCCGCAACGUGCCCGUCGGCGGGGGGUGCCGCAAGAACAAGCGCUCGCGCUCCGCGGCCGCCGUGGCCGCGGCGGCGGCGGCCUCGCGCCUCUCGCUCAACCUCCCGCCGGACGCCGCCGCCGCCGACCAGCAGGCGGCGAGGCUGGGCUUCCUUGGCGCGGCCGCCGCCGGCGGUCAUCCAGUAGCGUCGUCGUCGCAGAUUGGCGGCGGCGGCCCCGCGAUCGACUACCACCACCAGCAGCCGGGCGCCGCGGCCGUCGGCAUGAUGGCCCUGCCGCGGCUCCACGCUCCCGGCGCCGUCGUCGGCCAGUACGUGCCGUUCGUGGAGUGGCCGUCGGGGGACGUUUCUUCCGGCGGCGGCGGCGGAGCCUGCCACGCGGUGAACGGUGGCGCGGCGGUGAGCAUGAGCAGCAGCAUCGCGUCGUCCAUCGAGUCGCUGAGCUUCAUCAACCAGGACCUGCACUGGAAGCUGCAGCAGCAUCGGCUGGCCACCAUGUUCCUGGGCACGCCGACGACGAGCACCGGCGCCGCGGCGGCCCAUGUCGACGGCGGCGCGGAGGCAGGAGCAGCAGCAGCACCGCAUGUAGUAGGCGGCGCCUUCUUGCAGAUGGCGGCGGGACCACCACCACCCGGCAUGGUGGAGGCCACCAUGCCGCCGUCGGCGGCGACGUCGUGGUUCAUGGACAGCUCCUGCUACGUGCUCCCUUCCCCGACCGCGCAUGCUAUUGCUAACACGGCCGCGGCCGUAGCCAGCAGCAACUGCAACGUCGUCAGCGGCGGCGGCGACGACGACGACAAAGCCACGUCGAACAACAACUGCGGGAAUGCAAUCCCGUCGUGGGGCGACAUGUCGACGUUCGCGAUGCUGCCUUGA